AUGAAAAUUAGGAUAUGUAAUGUUACAUUUACAUUUUAUUUAUAGUGACGGUGGAACAUAUAAUGAUAAGCAUAACAAGAAUGGAAAAUGGAUAGAAUUAAGAGAAAUUUUUGAGGUAUUGGAAAUUGUAAUUAAUAUUUAGUAAUUCAUAUAUCCCCCAUGGCGAUGAAUAUAAAAUUAAUAAAAAGAUUGAUAAAUGGGAUAUCAAUUACAGAUUUUCAAGUAUUUAUCAAUUUGAAUGGAUGUAAAUAUGUAUAUUGUCUUUAGUGUCGGUGGAUCAUACAACUAGGAUGGUAUUAAAAACGUUUUAUGGAUAGACUUGAUUGGUAAUUUCUAUCGGUAUGAUAACAAUUAGCAUUAUUUCUAAUAUCUUAGUUAAAGAUAAGUGAUGUUUAAAGGAGAAUAUUAAAACAAUCAAAAGUUGAUUAAUGAGGUUCUCAUUUUAGAAUUUGUAUUUUAGAGCGAUUUUGAUUGAUUUAAAUGUUAUGAUCAUCUUAUUUUUUAAUUUAGUGGUGGUGGAUCAUAUGACAAAACAGGAAUUAAGAAAGGAAAAUGGAUUGAGCUAAGCAAUAAAUUGUAUAAGUAAUUUAUUAACGAUAGUUAAAUCAUUUAUUAGGGGAUGUACCAAAAUGGGAAAAAAGUUGAUAAAAGAAUAUCAAUUUUAGGGAGUUUGAUUAACUUGAAAAAUGUAGUAUAAUUUAUUUAUUAAAGGAGUAACUUAUUAUGAUGAGUAGGGAAUUAAAGUUGGAUUGUAAUCAGAAACUAGCUCAGGUUUUUUAAGUAUUUAAAUCAAUUAUUUUCUCUUCUUUUUAGUUUAAGUUAAGUUAUAUAUCUAGGAUAUGUGUUAUUGUUCGAAGCCUACUUGAAAUUAAGCAGGUUAAUUUAAUUUUAUUAUCUCAAUGA